CCGCCCCGCCAGGGACACGGCGGUUCCAAGGCUGCGUCUCUGCACUGGACAGGGGAGCGAGCGGUCAGUGUGCUGCUGCUGGGGCUGCUCCCCGCAGCCUACCUGUGCCCUGGACCCGCUGUGGACUAUUCCCUGGCUGCUGCCCUCACCCUGCACGGCCACUGGGGCCUGGGCCAGGUAAUUACUGAUUAUGUGCACGGAGAUGUCCCCAUUAAAGUGGCCAACACGGGGCUGUACGUCCUGUCUGCCCUGACCUUCGCUGGCCUCUGCCACUUCAACUACCACGACGUGGGCAUCUGCAAGGCUGUGGCCAUGCUCUGGAGCCUCUGAGGAGCCCCAGCCCCGGCACACACCAUUGUCCUCUGCUGCCUCUGCUUCAUCAGCUUGUGAGCAACAUCCUGCACCUCACAGGAGCAGCCAAGGGUCCCCCGGGAGCCUGCAGGGGGCUCACGGCUAGUUUAGGAUAUAUAGAGAAAAAACAGGUUUAAAUACAGAUUGAACUGGGAGAUGUCCAUUGAGAUGAGUGGAUUCCAGCUGCGCUGUAAAUUGGGAUGGAUGGAUGAGUGAAUUGCAUCAGUGGCAGGUUUGCAUAGCUAAAGGGAGCUCUCCUUGUAAUAGCAGUUUUAAUGAGUGUUUUUCUAACUGUUGGUUGGUUUCCUGUUCUGUAAAACAAAUUGCCUUGUGGAAAACUGAACUGUUUCUUCUGACAUCAGUGUGUAAGGCAGACCCUGUAACUCUUUGGACCCUGGGAGCUGAUGUAGAAAAGGGAAUACUUUUUUUUCAGAUUCCAUGCAAUAAAGAAUUUACAGAAAUUU